CAAAAGCCAACCUUUCACCUUUUCUCACUGUAUUCUCUCUGAAUUCUCAGUCUUGUGGCUAUCUUUCUCCGUCUUCAUCUAUAUCUCCAUAUCUCUAUCUAUAUCGGUAUUCAAUUGGUGACCUUAAUUUUUUAAUCUCUCGGAUUCAAUCAUCAGCUGCCAUCAUGAGUGAUGAAGGAGAGAAAACUUGCCCGCUCUGUGCCGAGGCAAUGGAUUUGACUGAUCAGCAGUUGAAGCCGUGCAAGUGUGGCUAUGAGAUUUGUGUCUGGUGCUGGCAUCACAUAAUGGAUAUGGCUGAGAAAGAUGAGACAGAAGGGCGUUGUCCAGCAUGUCGAACUCCUUACAACAAGGAAAAAAUUGUUGGAACAACUGCAAGUUGUGGAAGGCUGGUUUCAGAGAUGAACGGGGAGAAAAAGUCCAAGUCAUCCAGGGGGAAGAACAAAUCAUCUGAAGGAAGGAAGCAGCUUGCUAGCGUGCGAGUCAUCCAGAGGAAUCUAGUUUAUGUUGUGGGCUUGCCACUGAAUUUGGCAGACGAAGAUCUUCUUCAGUCCAGAGAAUAUUUUGGUCAGUAUGGAAAGGCAUUGAAGGUGUCUAUCUCCCGGACAGCUUCUGGUGCUAUACAACAAUUCACAAAUAGUACAUGCAGUGUAUAUAUCACGUAUUCAAAGGAGGAGGAAGCUGUUCGUUGUAUCCAAUCAGUACAUGGAUUUGUCUUGGAUGGUAAACCUUUGAGGGCAUGCUUCGGGACAACUAAGUACUGUCAUGCAUGGCUGAGAAAUGUGCCAUGUAGCAAUCCCGAUUGUUUAUAUUUGCAUGAAGUUGGUUCCCAAGAGGACAGUUUUACAAAGGAUGAAAUAAUAUCUGCAUACACAAGGAGUAGGGUUCAACAAAUUACUGGCUUCGCAAAUAGUACACAACGACGUUCAGGAUAUGUGUUACCUCCACCUGCAGAUGAGUACUACAAUAACACUUCUGCUUCUUCAGUGAAGCCUAUAAAUAAAACUGCUGUAAAUACUAAUAAUACUCUAAUCUGUGCCAGAGUUUCUCCUCCAAAUAGCAGCUCUGGAAAAUCUGCUGCUCUUCCUGCUGGAGCCUCAUGGGGAACUCGUGUUGCCAAUAAUCCUUCUUUACAUACCACUACACAAUGUUCCAAAGGGGCAUUAAUAAAACAGGAUUUGAACGAUGGAGUUGCGGCUUGUUCUACUACAGCCGUGAGCCAAAGUCAGCUGUCUUCAUUGCAGAGUGAUAUUGCGAAGAUUUUGGUUACUGAUAAAGAUAACAAUGUGUCUCAAGGUAAAAGUGAAGUAGAUGCUUUAGGACCAGUGGUUAAAGAAUCAAAUACAUAUGAGAAAGCUACUUCUUCUCAGAGUCCCAAUACAUAUGUACAUCCAGCUACAUUGCCUGUAGAUAAACGCCCCCUUGGGCCAAGUACUACCAAGCUGCCAGCUAACAGUACUAAUGAUGUUAAUUCUUCCUCGGUCUCUGGUGGACUUGCUUCAAGCAGAGACUUUGAUGGUGCCACCAACGGGAAAAUUGAGAAAAUACAACCUACUCAUUUUAUGCCUAUUGAUAUCCAAGAAAACCAGAUUUUGGAUGGCAAUGCUCAACUUGUUAGAGGAGUGGUAACAUCUCAGACGCCUGAAACAACUGCAAAUACAAGCAAGGAGAUGAAUUCCAUGGACGUCCAAUCUGAUUUUAGAUCAGGAACGCCAAGUACAGUAACAAAAAGUGAUUUGCAUGAUAUCGAAGAUGAUCUUUUGUCUUUUGAGAAUCAAAGGCUCAAGGAUCCUGAGGUUGCUCCUAAUGGAAUCAACUUUUCUCAUGCCUCUCAUCUUUCAAGCCAUUCUAAUGUCAACUCUACUCAGCAUAGUAAAGCUGAUGCUUCAAUAUGUAGGCAGGCUGUAGGUAAAAUUUACAAUUAUCCCAUUGGACACUCCGAGACUAUUCUCAAGACUCCUGAGGUUAAUAAUGCUGAGUAUUCUAAUUUAUUUCCUUCUGAGGAGAAUAGAUCGCUGCUAGGGAAUUAUGAUGGUGAUACAUGCAUUGAUACUUUUCAUAAGAGGGAGAGCAGCAUAAUAACUAGUAUUUUGGCUAUAAAUAUGGAUUCAUUUGAUGGGUCAAUUACUUCACCUAGGGACCUUGCCAAGUUGUUGGGUGAAAAUGAUAUACAACGAGGUUCUUUUGGAGUUCCAGGUUCACGGAAAAAUCACACUAGCAAUCAAUCAAGGUUUUCAUUUGCAAGGGAGGAGGAGGAGCCUAGGAGCCAAGCAUCUGGUUUUGGACAAUCUGUUGAUUACCCUAAUAGAAGUUCUAACCAGCUCUCCUUUGGCCAUGAAUUCUCCAAUUCAUUCCAGCCUGAGAAGUUAGAUAGUGGCAAUGGUUUCCCUGUUUUCAAUGGAAUAGAGUCUGAGAUUUUUUCUGGCAAUCAUUCACACGCGUCUUCUAACAGAAAUUCUGUUUUGAGACCUCAGGUUUCACCUCCGCCAGGGUUUUCAAUGCCUAGUAGGACGCCGCCUCCAGGCUUUAAUUCUCAUGAUAGGACCUAUCAAAUUUUCGAUGGCUCUGGAAAUCAUGUGCUUGAUUCUUCCUCUUUGUUAAGACAUAAUUAUCAGACACCCCCGCUUGGUAAUACCAUUAAUAAUGGGGAUAUUGAAUUUAUAGAUCCUGCGAUUCUGGCAGUUGGCAAAGGUUUAAUUCCAGGUAGCAUCAAUAACUCAGGCCUAGAUGAUGUAAGGACACGUUAUUCUUCCCAGUUGAGUACAUAUCAAGAAGCGAACUUCCAAUCAAUUUUUCAAGGAUCGCUUCCUUCCCAUCAGGAUCAAAGAUUUACCAGCCUGGGGGAAAGUUUUUCUCCUCUUGGUGAUGCUUAUUCUUUUCCCUCUAGGGCUGUGGAGCAAACAGUAGUCAAUAAUAUAUCUCCGUUAUCCCAGUUUAGUCUCCCUCAAUCAAGGAAUGGAAUAAUCUCUAAUGGCCAAUGGGAUAGCUGGAACGAGAUCCGGGCUGGAAACCAUUUGGGUGUGCCCGAACUAGUUAGGAAUGAGAGCUUGGGAUACAAUAAAUUCUAUGGUGGUUAUGAAGAUUCUAAUAUUCGAAUGCCCACUUCAGGUAAUCUAUUCAAUGGGACUUACGGGAUUUGAUGUCUGGGCAUCGUUGGUGUUGUCAAGAAUCAUGAAGUAGGAUUAUUUCAUGUGAUGCUGUCACCUGCCUCAGUCGAUCGAACCAAUUGGCAGUCAAAAGACCGGAUAACUUCGUAUUCACUCUAGGGAUUGUGCCAAGAUCUGGAAAUAGUCCCAAGUAAGCCAAUGGGGGUGAGUUAUGAUAGUCACUCAGAGCUACUUUCUGGUUGGUGAAAGGAUCUGCCUUUCACAAAUGUGGAUCUUGAAACCAACAGGUAAAAUUUCUGCCUCAAUUUCACUUUAUUCAUUAUCAGCAGAUAAUCUAUAUUAUACGACGUCUUACGCGGUAUUCUCUAUAAAUGUGAAAUAUGUUGAUGAUUUUGCUUGAUUGUUUCGUUAGCGAAUAUAUUGUGAUCCUGUGAACUAUUGCAGCUGAAAGGGCUCUGAGCAUAAGGCUCGGGGUUUUGAUGGCGACGUGAUGAAGCGUUCUUGGCGAUCCUUAGGUUUGCGAAUGUCGCACGGGUGCUGAUCCAGUCGGAGAGAAAAUUCGAUGAUGAAUGAUAUCAGAUAGUUUCGUGUUGAUAAUCUAUCCAUCUAUCUAUCUAUCUAUUAUAUACUAAAGGAAAGUUGUCUUUUAAACAGUUUCCCGCCAAAAAAUAAGCUUUUCGGGCAAGAACAUGCUACGAAUAUAUUUUUCAUUAGUCAUAUAUAUCUAAUGAAUGAAUGUUAUAAAUUUUUU